AUGGUUGACAAAAAAACAACUAAAAAGCAGCAUGGCAAUAGGCUAUUGCAAGGGCUAAAUUAUGUUGCUGUAGACUCAAAACCAUUGCCAUAUGACACUUUUGCAAUUACUUUAGUCGUUGCUAUAUUUAAGAUCAACACUGCCCUGAGACUUGAUGGAAGUGAAGCUGAAGAUGUUGAAGUGCCUAAAAAUCCUUCUGAGUUCACUGAGGAAGAUGAGAAAGAAGUGCACAAGGAUAACAAGGCUAUGAACAUUCUGUUCAAUGGUAUUGAUGAUGACAUGUUUGAUAGUGUUAUCAACUGUCCAACUGCAAAGGAAGUAUGGGACACCAUUCAAACCUUAUGUGAAGGAACUGAUCAAGUUAGGGAAAACAAAAUGCAGCUGUUUGUUCAACAGUAUGAGAGCUUUCACUCUAAAUCUGAACUGGAAAAGAACUCCAAAAGGGAGAAAACUGUGGCUCUUGUGGCAGAAAAGGAAGAGGAAGAGGAGAAGACAUUAAAGUCUGUGAUUGCUGGAAAGACCUCAAGCAGCUCUGCUUGUGAUGGAAAGAAGGAUGAUGGAAAGAAGAAAGGAAAAGUCAUUGAGGAAGAUGAAGAACCUUCAGCUCAAGAUGAGCUAGAUGAUCUUGAUGAACAUCUAGCAUUUCUUGCCAGAAAAUUCUCCAAACUCAAAUUCAAAAGAAAUGCUGUCAGCUCUAGACCAUUCAACAGAGGAAAUCAAUCUAAAUCAUCUGGUAUGGUUGAUAGAUCAAAAUUCAAAUGCUUCAAUUGUGGUCUACCUGGACAUUUCUCUAAUGAGUGUAGAAGACCUUCUGCUGAAAAGAAAGGAUCCUCCUCAGAGAAUGUAGACUACAGAAGAAAAUAUUUUGAUCUAUUCAAGCAAAGCAAGGAAAAGGCAUUCAUAACUGAGGAUGGUGACUGGGCUGCUGAUGAAGGUGAUUCCGACACUGAGGAGCAUGUCAAUCUUGCUUUGAUGGCAAUUGGAGAUGAUGCUGAUUAUUCCACCACCAGCAAUGGACAGGUAAAAAUAACCAACACAGCUGAUCUCACUAAAUCUGAAUGUAAACAAAUCAUUGAUGACAUGUCUAAUGAAAUCUAUAACCUUAGAGUCUCUCUUAAAUCUCUAACAAAAGAAAAUGUUAGAAUUAAAGGGACUAAUGAUUUGCUUGCUGAGAAAAAUGGAAAGCUUGAAACUGAAUUAAUCCAAAUGGAUAAAUUCAAAAAGGCUUCUGAGCUUGCCAAGGAUGAGUUGUUGGCUGUUCUAAAGAGAGAAGAGAUUCUCAAAAAGCAAUUGGAAAGGGAACAAGAGAUUAUUGCUAAAUGGAAGGACUCUAGAAAUGUUCUUGAGAACAUGUGCUCCACACAAGUUCUUGAGGAAACUUGUAAGAGUGCCUGGAGAAAGAACAAAAAAAUGUUGGAUGAAUUUGAUCUCUUAGUGGAUAGUGAUCAUCCAUUGAUAGAUUCUCAAUCAAUGGAUGAAAGCUAUCCAUCGAAGAAUCAAACAGCAGUUGAUGAAAACAAACUCAAAAAGUUGGAUAAAAAAUAUGGGCCCAUCAAUAAGAACUUUGUGAAGGAAUCUGGUAGUUCCAAGAAGAUUGAAAAAGAAGGGAUUGGUCAUGGUGAAGAAAAGAUGGAAGUUGGAAAAGGGAAGAAGAAGAGUUCUAGGAAUGGCAAAGUUGGGAUCAACAAAAAGAAUGAUUACACUCCUGACAAACAUGCUGUCAGAAAAACCUGUUCCAAAUGUGGUAGUGUUAAUCAUCUUGCUGUUAAUUGCAAAAAUGCUCUAUUUGAUCAUUGCAUGUCUAAUUCUAUGAUGAACUCUCAUAUGUCAUACAUGCCUAUGUUUCCUCCUACCUCCAUUCAAUAUGCUAAUAUGCCCUUCAUGCCUAAUCCAUUCUUUAAUGCUUUUAACAUGUCUGCCAUGCCUAAUUAUCAUGACAGUAUGAAUCAUGCUUAUACAAAUCAAUUUUCUGUGAACUCUACUAAUGUUGGUUCCUCUAACUCUGCUGUGAUGCCUAAAGUUAAGAAAAUUAACUCUGAGGAUGAAGUUGUUUCUAAACCUUCUAAAUCCAAAGAGAAUAACUCUUCUAAACCUAAGGGAGGUAGAAAGAAUCUGUGGUAUCUUGAUAGUGGAUGCUCAAGACACAUGACUGGAGAUUCUACCCUGCUCAGCAAUUUUGAGGAGAGAGCUGGCCCAAGUAUAACCUUUGGAGAUGACAGCAAAGGAUUCACCUUGGGAUAUGGCAUAAUUUCAAAAGGGAAUGUCAUCAUUGACAAUGUUGCACUAGUGAAAGGGCUUAAGCACAAUCUGCUUAGCAUCAGUCAACUAUGUGACAGAGGACAUCAAGUUUGGUUCUCAACAGAAGCCUGUGUUAUCUCUGAUAAGAAAGAUAACAAAGUGGUUUUAACUGGAAAUAGAAAAGGAAAUGUCUACAUAGCUGAUUUCAACUCAACAAGUGCAGAUUCUCUUACUUGCUUAUUCAGCAAAGCAAGCUUGGAUGAGAGUUGGCUGUGGCAUAAGAAAUUAUCUCAUUUAAACUUCAAAGCUAUGAAUGAUCUUGUGAGAAAAGAUCUUGUUAGAGGACUGCCAAAAUUGGAAUUUUCCAAGGAUGGUCUGUGUGAUGCUUGCCAAAUUGGAAAGCAAAGAAAGUCCUCUUUCAAAAGCAAACUAAAAUCAUCAAUUGAUAGACCUCUACAGCUUCUACAUAUGGACUUGUUUGGACCAGUCAACAUAAUGUCCAUUUCAAAGAAAAAGUACUGUCUGGUGAUUGUGGAUGAUUUUACAAGAUUUACUUGGACUUAUUUUCUUCACUCCAAGGAUGAAGCAAGUGAAAUCAUCAUCAAUCAUAUCAAGAUAGUUGACAACAUUGAUCCAGGAAGAAAAGUUUCAAGGAUCAGAAGUGAUAAUGGGACUGAGUUCAAAAACUCUGAGGAGGUCAAACCAUCAACAACAGAUUACCAACGGACUACCAACUAA